AUGACUUCGCAAAACAGAAUAUUUGCACAGCAACCAAUGCAAAAUGAGCUAGAUCCAAUAGCAAAUACAGCUAAUGUUGAUAGUACUAAGAAAAUGCCACCUUUAGAAGAGACAGAUCCGUUAAUCUCAUUUAUGAAAGAGAAAACUAGCUUUCCAACAGAAUACAAAAAUCCUUUCGAUUAUUCAAAAUACGCUGAGUCUUCCGAAACUUCAAAUAAUAUGAAGACGAGGUGUUAUACAGACGGAGAAAAGCACUGUACAUCUACUCCCGAAGAGCACAGAAGCUGGAAAUGCUUUUUAUGUUUUGAGGUGAAGAAAGAUAAAGAUUCGUUAAUCGAUCACUACGAAUACCAUAAAAAAGAAAAAGACAAACUCAAAAACUGUCCCGCCACUUUGAGACAAAAAGAGUCAUCGAACCAGAGACUUGAUCCUCAUCAACAAACUGAUAUCGAUAUAUUUGGUACCAUUAGUAAGCAGAUCGAUGAUCUGCCCCUGCAUCAGAUUCACUCACAUGGAGAUCAGAGUGACACCAAGUACGAAUGCCAGUCCUGCAAAGCUACAUUCGCUACGAAAACGGUAUUAUCGAGACACAUAUGUAACCAGGAAGCCUUAGAACGUCUUUGUUCCGUGUGUGGGAAGAAAUUCAGAAACCAAUCGACGUUAAACACUCACAUGAGAAUACACACCGGUGUAAAGAGGUACGUGUGCAACGUUUGUGGUAAUUCUUUCCGACUGAGUUCCACGUUCAAGUGCCAUUUAAGAAUUCACAGCGGAGAAAAGCCCUACAAAUGUACCACGUGUGGCAAGGGCUUUGCGCAAAGAACUCCUUUGGUUAUCCACCAGCGAGGACACACAGGCGAACGGCCCUACACCUGCGAAAAGUGCGGAAAGGGAUACGUGUCGAGGAGUGCUGUUAAUAUACACUCAAAGAACUGUCGUUAA